UUAAGUGUUGUUAUAAAUACCCCCGAGUGAAAGAGGAGGUCUGGGCUCACACAGUCACAGUUAAAGAGAGGAGAGCAGAGAAAGUAGCAGAGGACAGUGGACUGAAGAUGCUCCUGUGGGAUGAUUAAGGACACAUGUGAGGGUUCAUACCAUAAUGGAGGAAUUCGCUGAAUCAGACACGAACCCCUCAGCCCAUGAACUGGUUAUUCUACACACAUCCGAGGCGCAGGAAUGGGCCACUUAUUUGCAACACACCUUAAAGUCUUCCAAGAAAUUUCGAAAGUUUUCUAUUUUGCCCUUCGCAGUGGACUCCACCGAUCAGCUCCAUGGAUAUAGCUUUGAACACUUCCAAAGCUGCAAGUGCAUCGUGCUGCUGCUUUCAGGGGCUUUCCUGGACUUUCUCUAUCAGUCUGAGCUGCAGGGGGCGCUUCAAGGACUCCUCUAUCCGCCACACAGAGUGGUGGUGCUGCUGUGUGGUGUCACAGAAAAUGACAUAUCCACAGUAGGAUUCCAAGACUGGCAGAGCUGGAGAAAAGUCUUCGCUGAGGAUGAGCCAGCUGUUUACGUCAGCACCAUUUUGGAUUCUAUAGCUGACGGCAAACAAGUAGAGGCCAAACAUAAAGAAAACAUAAACGCACCACAGCAGCACACGGCAGAACCAGCAGCAUCAGAACGUGUGCACACUGAUGUCACAGACAGUGUUGUGUCAGUGGUGCAACAUCAAACCGCCGUGAGUCAAGAAGAGCCUGAGGAUCAGGUGAAUCCACAAACUGAGGAACUCAGAAGUGCUUCGUCUCAACUCAGCUGCCUCACUGUUCAACCAAACAGAGUUCUCUGUGGAGAUACAGAAACACUCUACAUCAUUCUAACAGAAAAAUUAGACGAUCAGUCGACCCCUGAGUUGGAGUUUUCAUCUGAGAGCGGAGAAACAACACGGGUCCCAGCGGCUGUGGAGAAUCAAUACACUUUAAGUGUUGCUGCACCAGACAUGCCUGAAGGUGAGGUUUCACUCACCAUGCACACUGACCAUGUCUGUGUCCACCUGGGGUCAGUUACAUACUACACCAGAAUGAGUGAAGUCAGUCGGUGUCUUGGUUGCGCCUCUGAUCCCGUUGACUUCCUCUGCCAGGCUUUUAACUUCACAAACAACGCCACCGAGUUAGUGGACGACAUGUUGACAGACUCGUUAAAUUCCAGGAUGCCUCCAAAUAGUUUUCAGGUCUUUGGAAACAGACAGAUUGAAAAAGACAACAUGGCAGCAUAUCAGCGUGACCUGGAGCUUCCCACGCUGCUUCACUUUGCAGCCAGGUAUGGUCUGAAGAAGAUGAUGACCACCCUCCUCCAGUGUCCUGGAGCUAUGCAGGCGUACAGUGUGAUGAAUAAACACGGCGACUACCCAAACACCCUGGCAGAAAAAAGUGGAUUCCCUAAUCUCAGAGAUUUCAUGGACAAAUUUGUUGAGACAGCCGACAUGAUGCAGCAGAGCAUGAACACAGAAACGGAUGUAGAGGUGUACGAACCAAUGUCAGCUCCAUCUCAAGAUGUGAUGAUAACAGAGGACAUCUAUGAGUCCAUGCUGGAGCUUAAUCCUGAAUAUGCAGAUGACCUGUAUGAGGUAAUGAAUGCAGUUGAUGAAAAUCCUGAAGAAGCUCUACUGAGGACCUUUUUUCAAUCCAAACUUGAACACAAUGACAUUGAAGACCAGUGCGAGCCGCCAAGAAAUGAAGAGGAGGAAAAGGGUGAGCAACAAGAAAAGGAGCAGGACGAUCCUUACAACUUCUUCCCAGAGGACAUCUAUGAUAGUGUGGAUCAAAGCAUCACAUAUAACCAGGUGGUACAGAACCGACCACCAGCACCCAUCCCUCGGCCGCAGUCUGAGUGUGAAAGAAGUGAAACCUACAUCUCCAGAGUGUUUUCACCCCAACGCGACAGUAUGGAAAUAAAAAAUAUUGCAGUUCGACCUUUCUCUCUUGCCCCGACUUCUACCUAUGACCCCUACUCUGGGAUGAAGACCCCAGGACAGAGGCAGCUCAUCUCUCUCCAGGAGAGGGUGAAAGUGGGGGAAAUCACUGUGAACGAGGCCGUGCAGGAGUUCAAAGCCUGGUCACUUGACCACGAACGGAGGGCACAGUCCAUACGCUAUCAGCAGGAAAAUCUGAAGAGAUUAAGAGACAGCAUCACCAGGCGCCACAAGGAGAGAGACAAGACGGGAAAGGAGUUUGAUUUGGAGAUUAGCGCUCCGAUUCAGAGGAACUCAUUCUGGGGCAUGAAUACAACCACGGAGUGUGCAGUGUACGAUCCGUCGCCCAGGCAGGUGGCUCCGCCCCCUCCUGCCACUAACACUAUCCAGAGAGGAAGCUGGAAGACAGGAAGCACCUCCAGCACAUCCAGUACUGAGAGCAACAGACUCAGUACUCACAGUACUAUCAGCUACAGCAGCGGGACAGAGCCGGAUAUAGAGGACACUCAAGAAAAUCCUGCUCCGCCACAGCUACAACGUCGGCGGCGGACCGAAGUACCACCUGCCAUGCCUCCACCCAGGAUCCCUCCACGUGUCCCAGAAAGGGCGCCAGACAUACUGGUGAAUGAGCGCUACGUUUCCUAUCCUACACGAGCACUGCCUCACGUUCCCUCUAACAGACAGUCACAAACAGCGCCUCCUUUACCUCGACGCCCGAGGUGAUCGGCACAGCUUCACUGUUGAAUAAAUAAGAAGAAGAAACUGUCAUUUCCAUUCAUGUCCCUGAAUGUUUUCAUGUCUAUGAGUGGGUUAAAACUCAUUGGUUGCAUGGUUGCAGGCCGCUGUGUUAAGAUUCCAACUGCUUUUGUCCACCUGGCACUGAAAGGUUUAUACAUUAUAAUGGGUUUAGUUAAGACCUCAUCACACUGACCUCUGUCCUGCAGACAGGUUUCCUAUUGGACAUUCCUGGCUGUCAAUCAAGGACUUCUUCAUGUUUCGUAUCAGGUACAGUUUGAGUAACAUGUGGCUAUACAUGUACAACCUUUAGCUUAGCUUAAUUUUUUUUUAAACAUUUGAAGCCACUGUGGCCUAACCCGUAGCCAUUGUUCUGUCAUUUUGAAGUUUGGUCUUUUUUGGACCUAUUUUUAAAAAUAUUUUGUGAAAUUUUGAGCUUCGUAUGUAGCGUGUAUUCAGCUAAAUUCCUGGUGUCCUGGAAAAGGUUUCAAUUUAGCUUUAGUAGCUAUCUCUGGCAUAAAUUGACCUUUUCCUGUGCUGAGAAUUAGCCAGCUUUUACUGUUUGACCUUUAGCUGUUAUUGGCUAAUGACAACUUUUUGUUUAUAUGGUAAAUUUUUCUUCUUUUUUUUUUUUUUUUUUGUUCAUUAAGCUUUAUUUCUUUUAAUUCCUGGUUCUACGGCCCAUUUCACUAUCAUUGAAAUAAGUCAUUAUGGUGUGAAGAAGUGUGAGUUAGAUAGACAGACAGGAGCCCAACUGUUGAUUUUAUUAUGAACACAUGUUUAUAAAGAGUAACACACAUGUUUCACUGGGCCAUUAACUGCCUCACUGCUGCCUUCACUGACUUCCUGUUGUUUUCUUUGAACUUGGUGUGUUCAUAUUUACAUGUAUAUUCAUAGUGUAGAACCUAUACUGCUGCAAGACAGGGUUUUUGUGUAUCUUUCUAUUUAAUUCUUAGAACAUGUGUGUAAGUUGUCUACCGUAAACCUCAUCGUUGUGUAUAAAAUAGAAAGGACAUUUGAGGCUGUUAUGCAUUUACAUACUGUAUACACUGUCUAAUUAUUCAAAAUAAAACGUUAGUAUAAUUUAAAAAAUAACAAUUUUAAUAUAUUUGAUGUUUUGUGGUGGGUCUCUUACCAGGUUAUAUACAAGGGAAAGUCAGCCUCGACUUUCUUUGUAUAUGUGUUUCAAUAUAUAUAUUUUUUUUUUGUGUAGCAUUCGUAGUACUUAUAUUUUUGUGCAAUAAAACCUUUCGUCGCUUGAGGGUGCUA